UAAUUGAAGAAAUAUUUUUGAACAAUAAAAUAUUUUUAAUUGUGGAGUAUCACAUGAGUAAAGUCAUAAAAGGUAGGCUCCCAUACACUUCAUGACGAAACUUCAAACUCAAAUCAAAAUUUAAAAACAAACAUAACCUAACUUUAGUUUGUUUGCCUCAACAACAUCGUGAUCGUGAAUGUUAAUUUCAUCUGCAUUUGAAUAACAAUGUAUUUUUGAAAUAUCAAUUGAAUUAUCUUGAUUUAUUUAAUAUUCCUCAGAAUGUCCAAAGAUACAGGAAGUUCUAGGGAUUCUACUGCAAGCUCUGCAGCUAAGAAACGACGGAAGGAAGAACCAAGUGGAGCUUCCCUUCUGAAAAGCUCCAGCAAUAGUAAACCUACUGAUGAUAAUAAUGUUUAUAAGUUGGUUAUUGACUAUGAAGAGGCAGAAGCUCUGAAAAGAGACCCAGAAGAAGAUUUGAAACUAGUUAAGAAAACAUGUGAAGAGUUUCGAACAUUAUUGGGAGAGAUUGCUGAAAUAAAGGCAAAAAACAAGGAUCCGGCUGCCAUUGCAGAAAAGAAGACACAAGCCUCAUUGCUUUUUGUGCUUCUAAAAAAAUUGAAUCGUCUUGAGAAGUUUCGGAUGAAAAAUUCUCGUGAUUUAUUGCACAAAGUGAAACAGCAAGUGGACAGCCAGCAUCUGCAUUUGCAAAAUCUACUUUACGAAGUGCUGCAUCUGAAGAAGGAAGUAACAAAGUGUCUGCAGUUCAAAUCCAAAGAUGAGGAGAUAGACUUGGUAACAGUUGAAGAAUUCUACAAGGAAGCUCCUGAAACCAUUUCUCGUCCAGAUCAAACGAAAACGGACAGUCAUCAGUUGAAGUUGGCCAGACUGGAAUGGGAGCUGAAGCAGCGGAAGCAGUUGGCAACGCAGUGUCAGGAAUUGCAGGCUGGAAAGGAGACAGUCGCUGCUGAAAUUCAGAAGAAGAAAACGCAUCUUGAAAGUUUGGCCCCCAUGCUCAAGGAUAUCUUGUCCGCGACUAAACCAGUUCAGGAAUAUCUGGGAUUCACUGGAAGCACGAGAGUUGUGAAGCAGCCAGAAACAGCAUAUCUGCUACCAAACCCUCUCUAUUUUCUCUAUGUUCAAGCCAGCUCUUAUCAGGAAGCUUCAGCCAAUAAAAACAUGGCAGUGACCAUAUCAGGAGAUGAAGAAGAAGCGCAAAGAAUGAGACGGACUGCUGUUUCCAAUAAACAACAGUAUGAUCAUCGUGACGAUUCAGACUCUGAUAAUCAGGAGGAAAAGGAAGGAGGCAAACGCCAUCAUCGCAAAAAAUCCAAGACCGAUCGACAAGAGGAGAGAAAGAAACAUUUGCUAGUGAAGCAUCCACUCAGUGUGAUUGUGUCCAUUACUCUGAACAGUGGAAGCAGCUUGCAAUUGGCGUUUUUCUACCUCAUCAACUUGAAUAUUAUCACUGUGAAAGUGAAAGUGGUUCUAGUGGAAGUGGACCACAGCAUAUCUGCUAGUCACCUCAUUUCGGGAGAGACCAUACUUUCCGAAUUAUUUCCAAAUGAUUUUGGAUUGGAGAGCCCAAAUGUUGCUAAUCACUACCAACUCAAACAGGUUGGUUUGAACAGCUACGAUAGCAAAGAAUAUGGAUUAGCGUACUAUUGGGCUCAGAAAAUAUGUGGCUUCGACUUUGCUUCCGCUCAGAACGAAUGUAAAGUGGAGCCUACCAGCACAGUAAGCCAGGAAAAUCUACCAGGCAUUUUGAAGGCCAUCAAGAAACGAUUGGCUGCUAGAAUCUCGCUUUACAAGCAAAUACAAUCUCUUGAAAGUCGAACGGUCCCCGUACAACCUGAACUGUCAAGUGAGUUUGCAUCGAAGACCCAUGGUUCUAUAGAAUUUUGGCAAACCAUUGUUCAUGCAGAUUAUAUAAGUUUGCCUUACACCGCUCACCUCUUGACUGCGGCAUCUGUCAGUGAAUCCGACUCCUUCUUCAAAACUGUUAUCUCCAGAGGAUCUUCAGUGAAGCUGCAUGCAGCGGUUGUACUGAAGAGUGAUUUUCCGUCUACAACUCCUGUAUUUGCAUUGCAAAUUGAAACACAAGGCAAGCAACUCAACGCCAAAAAUGACGAAGCUAUAAGGGACAUGGAACGUGAAGUGAAUCACUAUUGCAAGGAAUAUUGCUCCACCGCCAAUCUGAAGGAAUGGAUUUUAACAGCUCAGAUGCUUCAACUGCUUUCCUGUUUCGAUAUCUAUUUGGAAGCAGUCAUGACGUCUCAAUUUCCAAGGGAGAAAAUUUUCAUUCAACCUGUACGUGGAAAAACACGAUCAUUACCGUACAAGUACAUGAAAACCGGAAAUGGAAUUUUCAUUCAACACUGAGAAACAUGAUGGAUCAAAAUGUAUUACGGUGUUACUGUAUAAAGAUUAUCAGAUCAAGGAGGCUGUAUAAUGAGUCCUGAGCUGAACUGCAUGAUUAUAUCUACACUACAUUUACGAAAACAAGAAAACCCUUACUUACUGGAUGAAGAUUUUUAAUUUGAAAUAAUCUUUUACAAUUCAAUUUAAUGAUUUGAAUGCAAAUAAAUCUCUCUCAGUUA